ACAGUCAAAUAUCUAAAUUUUCGUAUUCAAUUUGGAUAUGUAAAGUUCAAAAUUUAAGUUAAAAACUGUUGUAUUUCUUCAAAAUUCUAAAUUAAACCCAGCAAGAUGGAUUUUUGUAAGAUGGAAAAAAGGAAAAACCUUUUGUGCGACCUGAAAAAUCUGAUGGACAGAAUGGACUGCCCCCCAUCCCCCUGUCCCCCAAUGUGCUGCCCACCACCAGGAUGUUGCCCACCUCCAGGAUGUUGCCCGCCUCCAUCGUGUUGUCCGCCGCAAUGUCCCCCGCCGGGAUGUUGUCCUGGAACCUGUCCAUCUCCGAGCAGUCCAGUACCUGUGUGCUGCCCUCCUCCAGGCUGUUCGCCUGUAUGUGUGCCGCCAAUUUUACCCAUUUGCACUCCCGUUCCUCCUCCCUGCGUUCCCAUCUGCAAUCCCAAUCCGGAGGAACAGCCUUGCGUACCUUGCAACCCCCCUCAAAUGAUGGUGUGCUAUAGAAGACCCAAAUGUUGCCCACCGGCGAGAAGAUCGAAAUCCAGGGAGCUUCGUGCAAGUAUAUUGUACAUUGGUUGCGACUGCGAGAAGCAUUUUGGUUUGCAGGACGAUUGUCCCAGAAUGGAGUGCCAAGGCUCGCCGGAAUGUUUAACCGACCCUCCUACGUGUGGACCAAGCGAAUACUCCUGCGGGAAACACCUGGGAAAGCGAUUUGGGGGAAAGGCGAAUGGUUUGGAAGAAUACCAAUGUUACCCUGCGUACGUCAAACUACCUUCAUGUCCACCGUGUGGACCGUGUUGUCCACCAUGCGGGCCGUGCGGACCGUGUGGCCCAUGUGGACCUUGUCCGCCCUGCGGUCCAUGUGGUCCAUGUGGUCCAUGUGGACCAUGUGGUCCAUGUCCGCCCUGCGGACCGUGUGGUCCAUGUGGUCCAUGUUGCCCUCCUGCAUGCUGCCCUCCGUGCGUACCUCCUUGUGUACCAUUGGUGGCCCAGGCUCCAUGCCCUCCGCCAAUUUGUCCUGGACCUCCCCCAUUGGUGCCAGUUGGACAAGUGGUUCCAGUCGCACCUGCGGUACCUGUAUGCCCCGUUGCCGCACCUCCGCCACCGCUUGGUUGCUGUCCAAUUCCAUGCACUCCACCGUGUUGUCCGAUACCGCCUUGUUGUCCAUGUCCUUGUUAAUUUAUUCUUUUAUUUUUGUGUUUGUUUUGUAAAUGUCCAACUCAUAAGAAAAAACUGCAACUCUAAGUUAAGAAAAUAGAAAACUACAUAAAUA